AUGUGCAUGUAUCUCGGCCGCCGAUGUCAUGGGGCAGUGUCUAGUGCUCUGUACUCCAAGCAUACCGGCCGGCAGAUGCCACAGCACAAAGGCGGUUCCAUUCAUCGUAUCAAGUAUCAUAGUCAGCGAGUAUCGCGCAAGAGAGGGCGGGGAUGCAUUACCGCGUUCCCGAAGAGCAUGGCCAUGGUUGCACAAAGGCUUUGUGUAAGUCUUAUGGGUGGACGGGAGCGGGCCAAUCCGCGGUCUUCUGCCACGCGCCUCCGCCUUUCCACCUCUGGCCGACGCGCUAACCCAACUGGUCCCGUCUCGCCUCUCUUUCUCAUCUAUGCACAGAGCACACCCGCUAUGGACGGCACGACGAUCAACUAUGCAACGUCCAAGGAUUGGCUCGACAUCAUGAAAAAUCGGUCAAAAGUACGCAUGCAUGAAUUGAUAGAGAGACUCGGCCUACGUGCAAAGUGGUCGUCAAAUAAACGUGGAAAGACCAACUUCGAGUCUGCCGUCGUGCGUGAACUAGUAUCGGAUAUGGCCGACGUGGUUUCCACACUACCAAAAGAGCCGGAUGACCUGAUGAAGUUUCUCGGUGAAGAAGGCAGUCUUAAGAAAGAGGUCGACGGGCUGCUUGAGAGGCAUGGAGCCAAGGUUUGGGGAAGAUCAGGGGAGCGAGAGCACCUCAUCUCCGCGAAUGAGCCUGGCGUGGAGGAUGGUGUAUACCCACGCAAUCUUUGCUUCGAAGUCAUGGAAGACAGACAGCUCCUUCACAAACUUCUGCAUUGGUGGAUAGGCCUCAAGGCUUGCAAUGUGAUUCUUGCGCGUGAACGCCUAGAUCGCGAAAGGAGAAAGAAGGCUGAGAGUCGGCAAGCAAGAGUUGAGGCUGAUUUCUUAGGCCAAAACGACUGUGGAACACCAGCGUCCUUUGUCGCGCUUGCACCCCACUCAAUCUUUCACGAUCCUGACACAGCAUCAUGUGGUAGCCCCAUGUCUUCGUCUGCGAUGCUGACACCCCCAGAAUCUGGCGAGAGUCCUAUCGGUGGGCCCCCAGAAGGUCCUAGCUUCACCACCAAUAGUGGCUCACACGCAACUAAUGGCAAUGCAGCCUUCAUGAGUAUGGAUCCGUAUCAUCGACAUGCUGCGCAGCAGCCUAGAUAUGUUGUGGGAGAGAUCUGGCAUCGACUUGCAAGCAGAACAUCCCAAGAGAAUAGCGCCUUGCCAGCGUAUGGUUAUCAAGUCCCUAAACCAGAAUCAAAGGCAGCGGUGCAUCAACAGAUUGCGGAUGCAAAUCAAGCGGCGGUCGACAGACAGAUAAGCAUGGAGGUGGCGAAGCUUGUCGCAAGCUUCAGAACACCCGAUGCGGCGAGAGAAGAGAUACCGCAGCCUACCAACAGCAUACCUUACCGGGGCCUAGACGAGGAGACUAUCCGUGCGCUACGUCGAUAUGUCUAUGAAGAGGAAAGUGGCAUCCAAGUCGAUGAGGAGAUGCUGCUCAAUCGUCUCGAGUUGGCAUGGAGAGAAGGCGUGCGGGCAGAUUAUCACAGAAUGGUGGAGAAUUUUCCCGUUUUCAUCGCCAGUGAACGAGCGAUUCUGACAUGGUUUGAACUCAGAAGGCAUCUGGCGGCGCUGGAACGGGCCGGUGAACGCUGGAGGAAUGAAGGUCAUUCUAACGCAGAGAUUGAACGCCGGAUCCAACAACAUCGCACGCUAAUGGCAUGUACACAAACAGUGAUUGUCAACUUUGAGGACAUCGGCCAAGGCCUUGGUCUCGGUCCGAAUAUGACAAUCGAUAGAGACGAGCUGUUGCGACAAGCCAUGAUAGUAUUAGCAGGUGAGAAAUAUGCCAAAGAAAUGCAGUGGAAGACUGUCGAAUUCACAAGCCUUAUCCGAUGGCUGAGUGAAGAAUUAGACAUGUAUCGAAAAGAUGAAGAGGAGGAGGGACGGGGCAUGGCAUGGUUCAUCGGUCAGAAAUAA